CUGUGGCGGAGAAGGCCCGAGGGGCUCUGCGUUCUGGAGCGGCGUUGCUGGGGCUGGUGGCUGCUGGUGCCUAGCCUGAGGAGAACCGCGAGCUUGUUCAGUAUAUCCUGCCGGGAUCCCAGCCACGAUGAGCGCUGCCAGGGAGUCUCACCCGCACGGGGUGAAGCGUUCAGCUUCCCCAGACGACGAUCUUGGAUCUAGCAAUUGGGAGGCAGCAGACUUGGGCAGUGAAGAGAGAAAACAAAAGUUCCUCAGACUUAUGGGUGCAGGAAAGAAGGAACACACUGGUCGUCUUGUUAUAGGAGAUCACAAAUCAACAUCACAUUUCCGAACAGGGGAAGAAGACAAGAAAAUUAAUGACGAACUGGAGUCUCAAUAUCAGCAGAGUAUGGACAGUAAAUUAUCAGGAAGAUAUCGACGACAUUGUGGACUUGGCUUCAGUGAGGUAGAAGAUCAUGAUGGAGAAGGUGAUGUGGCAGCAGAUGAUGAUGAUGACGAUGAUGACGAUUCACCUGAUCCCGAAAGUCCAGAUGAUUCUGAAAGUGAUUCAGAGUCAGAAAAAGAAGAAUCUGCUGAGGAACUCCAAGCUACUGAGCACCCUGAUGAAGUGGAAGAUCCCAAAACCAAAAAAGAUGCAAAAGCUUUUCUCCCACUGGAGGAAGGAAAGGCAAGACCUCUCAGCCGUCCCCAAACUUCUGCCACGGAUGACACAGCACAGAAGCCCCAAUAGUUACUGGCACUAUCCUCUUGGACUUGCCAGUCUCCAGAACUGUAAGAAAAAUUUGUUUCAGUGCUGGGUAUUGAACCUAAGACCUUAAACAUGCUGGGCAAGCACUCCCACUGAGCUGCACCCCCAGAGCUCUUUGUCCAUUAGUCUAUGCAUUCUGUUACCAUGGUAGAAAGCAGACUAACACAGGCGGUUUCCCUCAGAACUGGUAGAGAACUAAAUUGUUGGCUGAUUAAAGAAUAAAUUUUGAUGAAAAAUCA